AUGACUGAACAAAUCCUCGUCGGCAAAACAUGCCUUGUUACCGGUGGAGCAGGUGGCCUGGGCAAGGCCAUUGCAACAAAGUACCUCGGAGCUGGCGCCAAUGUGGUAAUUUGCGAUAUCAAUGAAGAACGUCUCCAGCAGACUUCGACGGAACUCUCGCCUAUGGGACCUUUCAAGGCCGUCAAAACCGAUAUUACCAAUCAGAAUGAAGUGGAGAGUCUUUUCAAGGAGAUUAUUCAGGAAUUCGGCAAAAUCGAUGUUCUUGUCAACAAUGCUGGCAUCAUGGAUAAGUUCGAUCCCAUCGGUGACCUUGAUCCCGAGCUUUGGAAUCGGGUUAUUGCCAUCAACCUUACGGCUCCAUUCAUGUUGAGCAAAUUGGCUGUUCGCAACAUGCUAGAGCAGGAGAAACCUGAAGGACGAAUUAUCAAUAUCAUCUCCGUCGCUGGUAAGGCGGGAUGUGCUGCUGGUGCGGCCUAUACUGCCAGCAAACAUGGCGUCGUUGGUCUGACCAAGAACACGGCGGCAUUCUAUGGCGAGAAGGGUAUUCGGUGUAAUGCUUUGAUGAUGGGUGGUAUGCACACCAACAUCUUCGAAUCGAUCCAAUCGGGCGUGAAUGUCGAUGGUAUGAACAGAUGUACGGCCGUUAUGAAGACGCUCCAAAUCCCGUUAUGUGAGCUGGAAGACGCUGCCGAGUUAUCUCUGUAUAUGGCUGGCGGAAAAGGAGUGGGCAUCGUGAACGGAGGCUGUAUUUCGGCUGACAACGGCUGGUCCGCUCAUCUCGGCUGA